CAAUAGUUGAAGCAGAGUUUGCUCCUUUCUGCCCGUGGACGCCGCCGAAGCAGCAUCGUUAAAGUCUCUCUUCUCCCCGCGAUCAUGUCUAAGUCAGAGUCUCCUAAAGAGCCGGAACAGCUGAGGAAGCUCUUCAUUGGAGGGUUGAGCUUUGAAACAACCGAUGAGAGCCUCAGGAGCCAUUUUGAGCAAUGGGGAACGCUCACAGACUGUGUGGUCAUGAGAGAUCCAAACACCAAGCGCUCCAGGGGCUUUGGGUUCAUCACAUAUGCAACUGUGGAGGAGGUGGAUGCAGCCAUGAAUGCAAGGCCACACAAAGUGGAUGGAAGAGUUGUGGAACCAAAGAGAGCUGUCUCAAGAGAAGAUUCUCAAAGACCAGGUGCCCACUUAACUGUGAAAAAAAUAUUCGCUGGUGGCAUUAAAGAAGACACUGAAGAACAUCACCUAAGAGAUUAUUUUGAACAGUAUGGAAAAAUUGAAGUGAUUGAAAUCAUGACGGACAGAGGCAGUGGCAAGAAAAGGGGCUUUGCCUUUGUAACCUUUGACGACCAUGACUCCGUGGAUAAGAUUGUCAUUCAGAAAUACCAUACUGUGAAUGGCCACAACUGUGAAGUUAGGAAAGCCCUGUCAAAGCAAGAGAUGGCUAGUGCUUCAUCCAGCCAAAGAGGUCAAAGUGGUUCUGGAAACUUUGGUGGUGGUCAUGGAGGUGGUUUCGGUGGGAAUGACAACUUUGGUCGUGGAGGAAAUUUCAGUGGUCGUGGUGGCUUUGGCGGCAGCCGUGGUGGUGGUGGAUAUGGUGGCAGUGGGGAUGGCUAUAAUGGAUUUGGUAAUGAUGGAGGCAAUUUUGGAGGUGGUGGAAGCUACAAUGAUUUUGGCAGUUACAACAAUCAGUCUUCAAAUUUUGGACCCAUGAAGGGAGGAAACUUUGGAGGCAGAAGCUCUGGCCCCUAUGGUGGUGGCGGCCAAUACUUUGCCAAACCACGAAACCAAGAUGGCUAUGGCGGUUCCAGUAGCAGCAGUAGCUAUGGCAGUGGCAGAAGAUUUUAAUUAGGAAACAAAGCUUAGCAGGAGAGGAGAGCCAGAGAAGUGACAGGGAAGCUACAGGUUACAACAGAUUUGUGAACUCAGCCAAGCACAGUGGUGGCAGGGCCUAGCUGCUACAAAGAAGACAUGAUUUAGACAAAUACUCAUGUGUAUGGGCAAAAAACUCGAGGACUGUAUUUGUGACUAAUUGUAUAACAGGUUAUUUUAGUUUCUGUUCUGUGGAAAGUGUAAAGCAUUUUAACAAAGGGUUUUAAUGUAGAUUUUUUCUUUUUCUUUUUUUUUUUUGCACCCAUGCUGUUGAUUGCUAAAUGUAAUAGUCUGAUCGUGACACUGAAUAAAUGUCUUUUUUUUAAUGUGCUGUGUAAAGUUAGUCUACUCUGAAGCCAUCUUGGUAAAUUUCCCCAACAGUGUGAAGUUAGAAUUUCUUCAGGGUGAUGCCAGGUUCUAUUUGGAAUUUAUAUACAACAUUCUUGGGUGGAGAAGCCAAUGUCUUCAGAUACCUUGGUGUAGUUGAACUAAUAGUUACUGUUGUGACCUGAAGUUCACGAUUAAAAGGAAUUACCCAAGCAAAAAUCAUGGAAUUAUUGGUUAUAAAGAUGAUUGUUGGCACAUCCUAUGCAAUAUAUCUAAAUUGAAUAAUGGUACCAGAUAAAAUUAUAGAUGGGAAUGAAGCUUGUGUAUCAUCCAUUAUCAUGUGUAAUCAAUAAACGAUUUAAUUCUCUUAAAAAAAAAUAGUUGAAGCAAGUGAAAAGAUUUCUUUUUACUUUGGAUAGAUGUAUUUCAUUAGCAUUAUUAGAAGAUAGUUAGUACCCACUACUGAUGAAACAUUCUUGUAGAUGGAUAUAUUAAGAAUGGAGAAGAGGGAAGAAAGAGAAACUUCUAAAAAUUUGGCAUCGUUUUUUAGUUUUUAGGCAUAAACAACCCUUACAUACACCUUUCCAGUAGUUCUGUGGUCCCUAUCAGCUUUAACAUAUUAUUCUAAGAACACUAACCUCAUCCACUUUAACUCCCCUAUUUCAGAUUGAACCCCUUGGGCAUGCUAGUGGGGAAAAUGUAGUUUAUGUAAUACUUGGACCGUGGUGAUAUUCUUCAGGUAAGUUGCUAUUUGUUUGUGAUGCAGUCAUUUUCACAAAACAUUCAUAUUAUUUGUGUUGUACCUUUUGUUAUCAUGGAACUAAUUCACCAUAAUAUAUAUAUAUUUCUCAGUAGGAGUGUUUUUAAAAGUGUUAGACAAAUGUCACAGCAUUUAAAACAAUAUUGGAGGCGGGCCUCUCACACAUUUGAAGAUUUAAUGAAGACAGACAUGAUACUUUAUCAAUUUUUAAACUAGUCAUAAUGAGUCCUUUGGAGUGUCUCCAUUUCUGUCCCUUUCUCAGAGACACCAUUAUUAUGAUAUAUUAUGCCGUACUUAUUAUAUAGAACUAAAGCUGAACACCAGUCAUGCUAUCUAGGCUGCACAGUGUGGUAUCCGCUUAUAACCAACCAGUUUGCAGGUUGGAGACUUCUGACAGAUAAUUAUAUGCCAAGUGUUGUAGGUUAUCUGAGUGGGAUAUGACAUGGUGCCCACACUCAAAAAGUGUUUGGUUGGAAAGUGAAGGCAAAUGAUCAGAAAUGGAACAUUUAGAGCACAAGUGCUUGACCAGGGUGGAAAGGGCUUGAAUGGAUGAGAGACUUGGAAGAAUUAUUAAAUUCUCAAAUGUGACACCUGGAAGGUUCAAUCGCCUUACAAUACAGAGGCAGAAACUGAAGUCAUUCAUCUGGCUUCAAAUUUUUCCUUGGAGCAGAGCAAGAAUUAGCAUCAUGUCUCUGAUUUAAGGUUCAGGGAGUUGAAGAGAUAGGGCUUGAGUAUGUUCCCCAAGGAUGUAUUAGCAGAGAGUAAAGCAUAGAUGUUUGUGACUAUAGGAGCGGGGUAGAUGUAACUGAACACUUUGUAGUUAUCUGAGAAAAUUGACUGGUGUAGUGAAGGAAUACUGUUUUGAUAGACUUACGAGGGAAGAAUUAUAGGAGUCCUUGAUAAUAGAAUGUAUUGGCUCAAUAAAAUGGGAAAUUAGGAAUUAUUACAGGCUUUUGCCUGGGGAAGAAAUUAAAGGAAGUUUGUUUGGAAGAUUAGUCAGAAUUCUAUACUCAAAAUGUUUGAAAGACACAAGUGUAGAGCCUGGAGCCUAGCCAAUGGGACUGCUGCUAUAACACAGCUGGGAACCUAGCCUCAGGGGAGGGGAUGGCAUUGGGGAUUGAGAUAAAAGGAUACAUCAGAGACAUCUUGAAACAAGCAGUAAUUGGAUUUUAGAGAUCAAAUAGAGUAGGCGGUGAAAGAUAACUCUUAGUAUCCUAAUCCAUGAUGCUAUAGACUGGCGUUGAAAUGGGAAAACCAUGCAAAUCAGUGAUCAAGUAAAGCCUUUUAUCUAGUGCUUUGGUUAGGCAGAGAUGAAUUUCUUCAGCCACCAAUGCAGAGCAUCCUAAGUGACUUAAGUAACAUGCAUGUCCCAAUGACCUUCUGUAUUGGAAAAGGGUGACUGUCAGCACAGGCUUGUUCUUGGCGGACCUGGAAGAGUUAUCACAGUGAACAGCUACAUGACAGCAGAACUGAGGGCUUGUGUUGUUUUUGUCUAUUCAAUAUGCAUAAUUUUACUGUACUUGCUAAGGAUGGUUAGUGUCUGCGGUAACACAGAGAUCAUGCCUCCAUUUAUGCCCAUGGAAUUCUGCACACAGUUAUCUACUGUCCCAUAACAAACCAUCCCAAGACACAAUGGCUAAAAACAACAACAAUUUUAUUUGUGCAUGAUUUUGUUGGUCAGCAAUUUGGCUGGGAUCAGCUGAGUAAUUCAUCCACUGGUUUCACAGGGGGCCACUCAUCUGGCUGCAGUUGUUUGGUCGUUCAGCUAUGGCUGGAUAAUCUAAGAUGAUCUCUCUCCAAUGUCUGGAAUUUGGUGCUGGUUGUCAUCAGGGCCUCUGUCUUUAGGGGAGCAAGGGGCUGGGGAAAGUGGAGAACUUGCCAGAUCUCUGGAGCCUGAGUUCAAAAUGCUUCCACUGUCAAACUUCUGCCACAUUUUAUUGGUCAGAGCAAGUCAAAAGGCUGCCCACAAUCCGGGAGGAGAAAAAAAUAGACUCCAUCCACCUCUUGAAGAGAGGAUUGCCAAAACCACAUUGCAUAUGGACAUACAUACAGGAGUGGAAAGAAUUUGUGGCAAUUAAAAAAAGUUUGCAGUGUAUCACAGAACAUGAUCAGAGUUUUAUUAUAAAGUCUUUCUGACUACAGCAUGAAAAUGAAUUUGGUGAUCAAAAAGAAAAUUUAGACUGGAAACUUGAGGAGUAACCAGGAACUUUUUAUAGUAAACCAAGAGAAUAAUUAUUGAUGUAUUAGUGACCACAAUUGCAAAGUAAACACAAGUGAACAGACUCAAAAUCAAUAUUAAGAUGGUGAAACUUGGAAAUGGAUUUGAUGUAAGGAAGGGUGAAGAAGGAUGGCCAAGUGUCUGGUUUGGACAAGUGGGGAGGAAAGUGAUGACCUUGACCAACACCAGGAAGACUGGAUGAGGACCAGGCUUGGAUGAAAAGUGAGGACUGCUAGAAUGUUGAGUCUGAGAGGCCUCCAUGGCACCAUGAAAAAAAAAGCAGAGAUCUCACUUGAGGAGGAAAGGAAGUUGAUGGAGUUUAAGGACACUGCUGAAAUAGCUGUCACUGGGAAUGGAAAUCACAGGACAUUGGGAAAUAUGGAAUUAUGGACAGUGCUGAGCACUUGUCAGGGAAUAGAAAUCAUGAAUGCAAUUGACUGACUCAAGGAUACAAGCUUGAGUAAUUUUUUCAUAAUGAUCAGCCAUCCUUAUAUAGGAAUAGAGACUGCAGUGAAUAGAUCCUGACAUUUAGUAUGUGGGCUUGAUAAAAUUUCUUUGCUCAAUGUAUGAAUAAGAAGUUUAGGUGAAGAUUUCUGAAAAUCAAAAUAAGAUAUCUUAAAAGGCAAUGAACAAGACCAGUUGCAUAAUUUGCUGUGCACAAAUGCAAAAGGAAAAUACUGGCCCCCUUGUUAAAAUAUGUAGAGUUCAACAUGGUGGCAACAAAGUGUUAAGCCAAACUGAGUCCCCUCUGAGAGUGUGGCCCUGUGUGACUCCAUAGAUCACAAGGCUGUGAAGCUGGUCUGGCAAUGGGGAAUCCAUAUGGGGACUGGCGGAAUAUAAUCACUGAGUGAAAAUUUGGAUAUUUCUCUUUGAACAUCUUUUUGCUUCCUCCUCUUCUUUUCUCAAAUAUAUAAAUAACUAAAGUAAUAAAAAUGAUGUAUGCUAGGGAAGUGGUGGGCAUGGAAGGGAUUUGGUGGCAUGAUAUAUUUACGGAUUGACCCUCACUAUUCAUCUGUGCCUAUUUAAGUGGAAAAACUGAUAUCUCUCACCUCAAGUCCUGUAUCAUAAUGUCUGCUCUAUGACAGUUGGGUGAGUUCCCAAACAAUAUUAAUAUUAAGGUUAACAUCUUAAGCAUAGUAUUCCUAAAAUAUUCUGUUCUUGCACACCUGAAGCCUUCUUCUCCAUCCUUUUCCUUCUCUUUGAAUCUGUCUGAAUGCUGACUUCUUUGUGCUGUGAAAAAGGAAACUGCUCUCUACCUUAUUGAAGACUAUUCCCAGAGUCAAGGGAAUAAGAAACCAAUUUUGAAACCAAUGCUGAGUUAGGUCUGCUGGCCCCAAAGAGUCAUAUCUACUGAAGCACAAUUUCUAUUGCAGAGACAUUAACUCCCAUCCCCAUUUCCAUUAAUUUCGAAGAGUCUACUCGAGAGGCUGUGGGGUUACUAGGGAAUUAGACUCACUGUACUUACUAUACUCGGACUUUGUAGCUGGAAUGAAUUUAGAGAUAAGUGAUUAUGCAUUAUAAUCUUUUCAUUUUAGAAGUGAGAAAUCUGAGACCUAGAUUUGUAAUUUGUUCCAGAUCAGUUAGCUAGACGGGGAUGAGUUGUGAGCAUCUAGGAAACCACUCCUACAGCAUCCCAACAUGCUCUGUUAUUUCCCAUCAUAAAAAAACGCCUAACUAAACAAACAAAAGAAUCCUUUCCCAGUUCUUCCUACUACAUUUUCUCCAACACAGUGAUAAUUUAUGCAAAGAAGAGAAGCUCACUAAGAUGAAAAGAAAAGCAUAUAAUUUUAGCAAUGGAAGAUGACUAAGAUCUUAGCAGUGUCAAUUUUUUUUUUCCAACUUCUUUUGGAAAGAUAGAUGUGAAAAUUAACAACAUAAAAAUUUUUCUUUCUAAUAGUGAAAUAUAAUGUCCCUUCAUUUGGAAGAGAGAAGAACUUAAGAAAAAUCAGUCAUCGUUUCAGGUCUUCAGUUUCAUUUUAUUUUAGGUAAAGCUGACCACAGCGUGAAUUCCUGUAAAUAAAGUCAUACAGUUUUCAAUAGCUUUCAGUAUAAAAUUGCAUUUCCUUUUUGUGAAUCUGAGAUAAAGGAAAUCACAUGCAAUAUUAAAGCAAUUAUUAAAAAUGUUACAUUUGAAAACAACAGUCUUAGAACAAAUAUUAAAAACAUGAAUUUUACUUGUAUUAGAAACUUCAUCUGCAACUCUUAAACCCUGGACAAAAAUAUGCCUAGGGAUGUCUUUCUCUAUAGGGUGAAUCUCAUAUAACUAAAAUCUCUAUGGCCAAGUAAAGUUUUUGCUUCAUGAUAACUUUUUAACAUUUUUAAUUUCUCUGUAUUUUAAAAUAAAAUAUUUAGAUGGAUUUAGUUUUAUAGAAAAAUGACAAAGAUAGUACAGAGUUCUCGUAUGCUCCCCACCCAGGUUCCCCUAUUGUUAACAUCAUAUGUGAGUACAAUUAAUUGAACCAAUAAUGAUAUAUUAUUAUUAACUAUACUUUAUUCAGAUUUGCUUAAUUUUUUCUAACUUCCUUUUUCUAUUCCAGAGUCCUGUAUCUAGGUUAGCACAUUACAUGUGGUUGUGUAUCUCCUGAGGCCCCUCUUGGCUGUGGCUGUUUCUCAGACUUUGCUUGUUUUUGAUGAUCUUGCCAGUUUUGAGGAGCACUGGUUAGAAAUUUUGUAGAAUGUCUCCUGAUGAGAUUUUCUGAUGUUUUUCUCAGGAUUAGACUGAGUUUAUGUGUUUUGAGGAGGAAAAGUGCCCUUCUCAUCACAUUAUACCAAGGGUACAUGCUAUCAAUAUAACUUAUCAUUAUUUAUAUUAAGCUUGAUCACCUGGCUGAGAUGUAGUGUUUGUCACGUUUUUACCAGAAAGUUAUUCCCCUGUGGUUUCCAUGCUGUGUUCUUUGGAAGGAAGUCACCAUGCACAGUCCACAAGUGAGUGGGGAGUGGUGUUCCAUCUCCUUGAGGGAUGAUUAUCUAUGUAACUUCCUUGAAAUGUCUCUGUGUCAGAGAUUUGUCUUUUCUCCCACAUUUAUUUAUUUUAUGAUAUAUUUUGUCAGGAUAGACUCAUGGUUAUAUACAUAUAUUUUAUUUUUUAUUAUAAUCUCACACCACUUUAUUUUGUUGCUUAAAGUGUUUUAGUUUUGGCCUUUGAGAACUCUUUGAGUUGCAUUUAUGUAUAUUUUAGUUGAUAGUUUUCAAAAAAAAUACGAAUCACUUCUAAAAGACACCAGAAUAUAUCUUAUAUUUAGCGCACGUCUAUUACCUUGAAAUAAAAUAGAGGUCAGUAACAUUUCAAAUGGAUCAAUUUUCUGUGAUUGCACCAGAUAACUGUGGUUGCACCAAAUAAAGUGUAAGUUUAAUAUUCAGACAUUCAACACAUUUUGGGGGGUACCUGUUACUUCAAGGCACUCUGCUAGGUGCUGUGGGAGAUUGGAGGAUGAUUCACAUUGUCUCUUGUCCCUACUAGCCUGGAAGCUAGUAGGUUAAUUAAGGCAUUACUUAUAUAACUACAGUACAGAAAUUAGGCAUCUAAAGAGAGAUGCCAAUAAAGGGCUGUGGAAAUAAAGGGAGAAUGGUUGAAAGGGUCCUGAAUAUUUCGGUAUAUGAGAUAAGUCUUUAAAGGACAGAAAAGAUUCAGAUGUGAUGAGAUGGGGGAGGAUGGCAUGUGUGCAGAAAACAAUGAGGAGGACUUGGAGGAGGGAAAGGAAAGGCCACUACAGGGAAAGUCAGGUGGUUCAGUUUGACUGGAAUUACUGUUUUCUUUUGGUGUGAAUUUACAGAUAACACAUUUAGUUUGAGUGGCUUUACUUUUACAGAUGGAGUUCAAAUUUAGCUUUUAACUAUUGUUUUGUUUUUAAAUGGGAAAAAAUCGAUUCGGAUUUUAUGAUAUGUUAAUAAGAAUAUUGACAUCACUCUUGGUUUUCUACUAAAUGCCUUAUCAUUAAUACCCUCUUCGGGAAUCCCAGAGUUGUUGAAAUUUUGCAGUUUAAAUUUUUACUUCUAUUUUGUUUGCAAAGGAGACUUUUGGAUUCAAUCUUAGUGUUGUUUUUAUUAUUCAAAGGAUUUAAAAAUGUGACAUUAAGCUGGUAUGGAGAAGUUAUUUUCAGCAUGAAGAUAGUUGGGAACAAAAGUUAAUAAGGUUGGGAUGAAAAAAUUAAAAGAUUUGCAUCCUUUUUUCUGUUUUUUAAAAUGAAGCCUCCUUUUUAAAUAGCAAAGACCUGGAACCAACCCAAAUGCCCAUCAAUGAUAGACUGGACAAAGAAAAUGUGGCACAUAUAUACCAUGGAAUACUAUGCAGCCAUAAAAAAUGGUGAGUUCAUGUUCAUUGUAGGGACAUGGAUGAAUCUGGAAACCAUCAUUCUCAGCAAACUGACACAAGAACAGAAAACCAAACACCACAUUUUCUCACUCAUAGGCAGGUGUUGAACUACGAGAACACAUGGGUACAGGGACGGAAACUUUACACACUGAAGUCUGUUUGGGGGUGGAGUGCUAGAGGAGGGACAGCAGGGAGGUUGGGGAGGGAUAACACUGGGAGAAAUGCCUGAUGUAGGCAACGAAGGGAUGGAGACAACAAACCACCAUGGCAUGUGUGUACCUAUGCAACAAUCCUGAAAGAUCUGCACAUGUACCCCAGAACUUAAAGUACAAUAAACACACACACACACACACACACACACACACACACACAAAA